AUGCGAGUUUUGUUGGUCGCUUUGGCUGUUUUCGCCGCGGUUAACGCGAAAGCUGGUGAGUUUCCGAGAAAGAUUUAUUGAUUUUAUGAACAAGUUGUUUUUAGUUAUCCGUCGUCAAGCUCAAAACUCUUACGGAGAUGAAGCUGCUCCAGCUGUAGAAGUUGCUCAACCAGCUGCACCAGCCCCAGCUGAACAAACCGUCGAAGUUGUUGAACAACCAGCUGCCGCUCCAGAAGUCCAAUCUGCUGACUCAGGAUACAGAGCCAAGAGACAAACUCAAAACUCUUAUGGAGAUGAAGCCCCAGCUGCCCCAGCCGCUGAAGUCUCUCAACCAGCUGCACCAGCCCCAGUCGAGCAAACUGUCGAGGUCGUUGAACAACCAGCAGCUGCCCCAGAAGUCCAAUCUGCUGACUCAGGAUACAGAGCCAAGAGACAAGCCCAAAACUCAUACGGAGACGAAGCUGCACCAGCAGGAACUGCCGGAAAAGCUGCUCAACCAAUCGAAUCAGCUCCAGUUGAACAAGCCGCCGAGCCAGCAUACCAACCAGCUGCAGCUGCUCCAGAAGUCCAAUCUGCUGACUCAGGAUACAGAGCCAAGAGACAAGCCCAAAACUCAUACGGAGACGAAGCUGCACCAGCAGGAACUGCCGGAGAAGCUGCUCAACCAAUCGAAUCUGCCCCAGUCGAACAAGCCGCCGAGCCAGCCUAUCAACCAGCUGCUGCUGCUCCAGAAGUCCAAUCUGCUGACUCAGGAUACAGAGCCAAGAGACAAACCCAAAACUCAUACGGAGAUGAAGCCCCAGCUGCAGCUGUAGGAGAACCAGCUACACCAUCAGAGCCAGCCCCAGUCGAGCAAACUGUCGAGGUCGUUGAACAACCAGCUGCCGCCCCAGAAGUCCAAUCUGCUGACUCAGGAUACAGAGCCAAGAGACAAGCCCAAAACUCGUACGGAGACGAAGCUGCCCCAGCCGGAACCGCCGGAGAAGCUGCUCAACCAAUCGAAUCUGCCCCAGUCGAACAAGCCGCCGAGCCAGCAUACCAACCAGCCGCCGCUGCUCCAGAAGUCCAAUCUGCAGACUCAGGAUACAGAGCUAAAAGACAAACCCAAAACUCAUACGGAGACGAAUCCCCAGCUGCCCCAGCCGCUGAAGUCUCUCAACCAGCUGCACCAGCCCCAGUCGAGCAAACUGUCGAGGUCGUUGAACAACCAGCAGCUGCCCCAGAAGUCCAAUCUGCUGACUCGGGAUACAGAGCUAAAAGACAAGCCCAAAACUCAUACGGAGAUGAAGCUGCUCCAGCUGGAACCGCCGGAGAAGCCGCUCAACCAAUCGAAUCAGCUCCAGUCGAACAAGCCGCUGAGCCAGCAUACCAACCAGCCGCUGCCGCUCCAGAAGUCCAAUCAGCCGACUCAGGAUACAGAGCAUAA